AUGUUAGUCAAGACAGUUUGCACUGUCCUAGCUGCUUCUCACUUGGUAGCAUCUUGGUCGGUACAACAUCUUUUUGAACAGGAACUACCGUUACAUGAGAAACCAAGUCCACAAAUUCGAGAUUUAGAGACAGGCCAGUUGAAUUUCUUACAUACUACUGAUACACAUGGCUGGCUUGGAUCACAUCUUUUGCAAUCUGUGUAUGAUGCAGAUUGGGGGGAUUUUAUAAGUUUUGCCUCCUACUUUAGACACAGACGCUUACAAAAAGACCAAGAUUUAAUUAUAGUAGAUACUGGUGAUAAGCACGAUGGUAAUGGAUUGAGUGACGCUACUAGUCCCAAUGGUAUCGAAACUACCAAAAUCUUCAACGAGCAAGAUUAUGAUUUAUUGACUUUGGGCAAUCACGAACUUUACACUCCUGACAAUACGCUAUUGGAAUAUUACGCUACAGUUCUUUCACCUAAAUUUAGGGAUAAUUACGUCUCCAGUAAUGUAGAAUUUGUGAAAAAGGAUGGCACUAGGGUACCAUUUGGUAACAAAUACAGGGCUUUUCGUACUGAAAAGAAUGGUCUUAGAAUCCUAGCACUUUCGUUUUUAUUUGAUUUCAAAAGGUUUAACGAGAGAGCAGUAGUAACACCUGCAUUGGAAGAAAUCAAACAGCCGUGGUUUCAUGAGCUAACAAAGGAGAAGUAUCCUGAAGGUUCAGUGGAUUUAGUACUGGUAUUUGGUCACAUGCCAGUAACAGAUAUCGCCAACCGAGAAAUCAAUAAGUUACAUGAACAAUUAAGACAAUUAUAUCCGAAUACAAUCAUACAAUACUUUGGUGGUCAUUCUCACAUUAGAGAUUUUGUGGAGCUAGAUUCAAAAUCUACUGGUAUACAAAGUGGAAGAUUUGCGGAAACUUUGGGGUUCCUGUCGAUCGAUUAUGUUAACAGUGAUUCUCCUCAUUUCUUUAGAAGCUAUUUGGAUUUUAGUAAAAAAUCUUUUGCUCAUCAUUUGAAGUUGGAUCAAUCACCCACUACCGAUAAGGGAAUCCGCGUCUCUAAUUUAACUAAGGCCUUGAGACAAAAAUUAAAUCUUGAUGCACAACUGGGUUAUGUGCCUCAUACGUACUACAUGUCAUCGAAGCCAAUGGAUUCUGAUGAAAAUUUGUACCAUUUGUUGACAACUGAAGUCUUACCAAGGUUACAUUCCAAAGCCACCAAUGAUUCGGUAAGCCGGUUUAUCCUCAUGAACACGGGCGCUGUCAGAUACGAUUUACAUGAGGGUCCCUUUACACUGGAUACGGAGUUUAUCGUUUUGCCAUUCUCUAAUGACUGGCUCUAUCUAGAGCUACCACUAAGAGUGGCUUCGCAUAUUGCUGAGUAUUUGAACAAAGGACCAGUAAUUGCAUCCUUGAAUCCUCCCCAUAUAGCAGCAGCGGCAGCAAUGGCUGCUGCAGAAAUGGACACUUCGGCGGUUAGACGGACUUUAAAGAGAAAGAGAUGUCCCAGAACUGACCAACCAUUUUUGACUCCAGGACUUACUACGUCUGACGAUUACGGUUGUGAUGGGGAUGAUACGCCUCACAACACACUUGAUGAAUUUCCAAUUCCCAACGUUGUACAGAGCGAAGAACUAGUCUCUGAAGAUCCUGAUAGUCUUGUUCACUUUGUAUUUUACAGUUUCCUAAAACCUUACGUCUUGGAAGCUGUUAGUGCACUGACAGAAGAAGGUUUGUAUCAAGAUUUACAUUGUAAGCAUUACGGAGGUGAGUCAACAAAGAAACUGCUGGAGGAAUUCAUCAAGGAUACGUCAAGAUAG